UUGACUUAGACAGCAGGUGGGAAUCCACGAGACUGUGGACCUUCAGCCACGAGGAGGCACUGUGGACUCACAGUCUUUACUGCAAGGCACCCUGGGAGGGUUGAGAGACUGGCCCAGGAGGGUACAGUUAAGGGAAUUCUUUGUCAUGCCUGCAUCCGGCAGGGGCAUUGAGUUCAUUGGGUCCAUUGGUCCUGGGACACGUGGAGCUAACAGGCUCCUCACCGCCCAUGGAAGUAGAGACCCGUUUGAACCUCAGUGGGCACCAAGGGGGCCAUCUCCUGGAGCCUGAACAGGAAGUGGAGGCCAAAGGGGUUGGGGCAGCAAGGACUGGGAAACUGGUGUCAGGCAGGGGCAGGCAGAGGGAAAUCAGGCAUGUCGUGGGCUAUGGGGAUGGAGCUCAAUUCACACCCACCCUUUGUUGAGGACCUGUGCAGGACAAGAAUGGUGCCUAGAGUAGCUCACCCUGGGUACUGCCGAGAGGGACACUGGGCCUGGGUGUCUGCAGAGAGAAUAACAGCAGAGCAGUGACGUCAGAGCAGUGACUUCAUAGACAAAUGCUCCUAUCAGGGAAAUGGGAAAUUUACAACUGUAAGCCACUCACCCUAAGAGACCCCGCCCUUGAGUUGGAGGUAUCUUGGGUGCUUGAUGCUGCCAUGGGCUCCAGGCUCCUCUGCUGUGUGGCUCUUUGUCUCCUGGGAGCAGGCCCAGUGGAUUCUGGAGUCACCCAAACCCCAAAACACCUGAUAAAAGCAAAAGGACAGCAAAUGACACUGAGAUGUUCCCCUAUAUCUACACAUCUCUCUGUGUACUGGUACCAACAGGCCCUGGGCCAGGGACCCCAGUUCCUCAUUCAGUAUUACGAUGGAGAAGAGAGAGAAAAAGGAAACAUCUCGGGUCGAUUCUCAGGUCAACAGUUUCGUGAUCGAAGCUCUGAGCUGAAUGUGAGCAUCCUGGAGCUGACUGACUCUGCUUUGUAUCUCUGUGCCAGCAGCUUGGCACAGCCCUACAUGAUCAGCAGCCUACAGCACAAAAACUUUCCUGCCCCAGCUCAGGAAGUGAACAUGAGGGUGGUAGCUGCCAGGGAGACAGGCUCAGGGCCUCAGUUAUCAGACAGGCCUUCCCCUGACACUUUUCCUGCUUCUUGUAUGUGUGCUGUGUUUUACGCUCACAGAAAUCACACAACAGAAGUAUUACUUUAUCGUUCAUGUGUGUGGUGGGAAGUUAGUUUCCCGGGUCUCAUAUUUCAUAACUGGCAGGACAAGGAAUCAAACUCAAGUCUAUGCCUCAACACCUGUGGUCCCCCACCCCCAGAACUGUCCCCUUAUGUGGUUUCCCUUUUCUAGGGCCAGAUUAGCAGG